CCAUCAUUUAACCUUCAAAACUCCAUUAUUCCCCUCCACAAAUUAAUUUUCAAAUGGGUUCUCUUCAGGCCACUCGAUCCGCAGCAAUGCUCGAGACAUCCUGUGGCUAUUUGCUACAAGAAUUACAGAUGAUAUGGGAUGAAGUUGGCGAAGAUGAAUUCGAACGAGAAAAAGUUUUAGUUGAUCUGGAGCACGAGUGUCUUCAAGUUUAUAGAAGGAAAGUCGACAAUGCGAAUAUGUCCCGGGCACGUUUGCAUCAAGAGUUGGCAGAUUCUGAAGCUCAGUUUACUCAUUUGCUUUUGUCACUUGAUGAACGUUCACUUCCUACUAGGCCGGAGAAAAUGGCGGGAACACUAAAAGAGCAACUGGGGGCGAUUGCACCUGCGUUACAGAAGUUGCAAAUUAAGAAAGCGGAGAGAAUGAAACAGUUUGAAACCAUACAAUCAGAAAUUCAAAAAAUAUCCGCAGAAAUAGCCGGACAAUCUGAAUAUGAGGAUGUAUUACCUCAUGUUAUUGUAAAUGAAAACGAUCUUUCAUUAAAGAGACUUGAAGAAUAUCAAAUGGAGCUUCAAAGACUUCACGCCGACAAGAGUGACAGGCUUGAAAGAGUGAAAAACUACAUAAGCAAGAUCCAAAACUUAUCGGCUACAUUAGGAAUGGAUGCAUCAAUGAUCAUUACAAAGGUUCACCCGAGCUUGAACGAGUUAUCCGGCCUCUCCAAGAACAUGAGUGACCGUGUUUUGGUUAAACUAGAUAGCACAGUAGAAUCCCUAGAAGAAGAAAAACAUUCGCGUAUUGAAAAGCUUCACAAUCUUGGGAAUUCUUUGAAAAACUUAUGGGAUCUAUUGGACACACCAUACAUCGACCGUCAAUUAUUUUCACACAUCUCAAGUUCUACGACUUUGGAAAAUAUCUCCACUCCAGGAAGCCUAGCCAUUAAGAUGAUCGAGCAGGCGGAGGAUGAAGUAGAAAGAUUAGAUCAAGUGAAAGCAAGCAAAAUGAAAGAGCUUCUCGUAAAGAAGCAGAGCGAGCUCGAAAACAUUUGUAGGCGGUCACAUAUGGAGGUUCCUCCAUUGUCUGAGAUGGACCAUAUCGUUAAUUCCAUAAAGCGUGGGGAGAUGGAUUAUGCCGAUCUUCUAAACAGAAUGGAUGAACAAAUAGCAAAGGCCGGAGAUGAAGCGUUGAGUAGGAAAACGAUUAUGGAGAAGGUGGAGAAAUGGGCAUUAGCGCGCGAUGAGGAACGAUGGCUAGAAGAGUAUAACAUGGACGACAAUAGGUAUUCGGUUAGUAGAGGCGCUCACAAGAACCUAAAACGAGCUGAGCGUGCCCGUGUCAUGGUGAACAAAAUGCCAGCUUUGGUGGACUCGUUGAUUGCGAAGACCAAGAGUUGGGAGGAAGAAAGGAAGAAGGUGUUUUUAUAUGACGAGGUGCCUUUAUUGGCAUUGAUGGAAGAGUACAACACGUCGAGACGCGAAAAGGAAGAAGAGAAGCAACGACUCCAAAGGGAAAAGAAAUUGCUACAAAGUAAAGUAGUGGUUUUGCACGAGAGAGCAAUGUUGACCCGACCAACCACGAGCGCUCGUGGUCGACUAGACCAAAGUCACGAUGGGGAGUUCAAAAGGGGUUCGACAUGGAUACAACAAGGAACAAAUAAUGUAAGAUCCCCUUUUCAAAAUUUAUCCUAUGUAAAGGAUGGAUGGGGAUCUCAAGGUCCAAAGAGAUUUCCACGUAGUCGUCUUGAUCGUCAUCUUAGAGAAGAUCAAGCCUCUACUGUCUCGACAUCUUUUAGUCCUAUAUCGCCUUGACAAGAUCCACACAUUGUCAAAGCAAAUCCACUCGUGUUAAUCGAAAACUUCCAUUAAUAAGUUAUCAUGAUUUGAUUGUAUUCGAUUACUUAAUGAACUUAUUUGUAAAUGUAGAGAA